GAAAACUUUCAGCACAUAUUCCGAAUAAGAGGACGGGGGAUCGUGUGUGGAGUUUCAGGGGCAGACAUGCAAACCCGGACGUGAAUGAACAAUAUAGGAUUCUACCCUAAUCUUCGGACGUGCGUUACAUGUUAUAGGGAUAGUCUGACACAAGACGGGACAUAGUACCACAGCCAACAGCCUGACAUUCGGAUUGCAGUACCUCUCGCUGUGUGUAAGUGGUAUACCCGCUACACAUUUUUAUCUUUGGCGUACUUGUAAGUUAAAAGGCUGGCACUGUCAGUUGACCCGCGGGCUUUGAUCCCGACCCUCAAGUUGGAGCCUGUGUCACGGCCCGUGGGGUGCGUCAGUGAUUGUGAGGGGGGAGCGAUGGUGCAGUGCGCUGGGUGUGACCGACCCAUCUUGGACAGAUUUCUAUUGAAUGUUUUGGACCGAGCGUGGCAUGCCAAAUGUGUUCAGUGCAGCGACUGCAAAAGUAAUUUGACAGAAAAAUGUUUCUAUAGGGACGGGAAGUUGUACUGCAGAACAGAUUUUUUCAGACGAUACGGAACAAAGUGUGCCGGCUGUACUCAAGGUAUAUCUCCUAACGAUCUUGUGCGCAGGGCGAGAAACAAGGUGUUUCAUUUAAAGUGUUUUACGUGCAUGGUGUGUCGAAAACAGUUAUCUACAGGAGAGGAACUCUAUAUAUUAGAUGAGAAUAAAUUCAUCUGCAAGGACGAUUACAUCAACAGCAAGUUUUCAGGUUCAGACGGCGAGGACGAGGGCGACCCUGACAGCGGCAUCGACACACAGGGCAACAUCUCCGACAAAGACUUCGCUCUAGAAACCGAUAAUAGCAAAGAAGAGAAAGAAAAUAUCAUGUCGGGUAUUGGGAAUAAUAACAACACUAACUUCAUGAACAAUAACAACAGCAGCAGCAUCGGGUCCAACCCCGUGUUGUCUCCGACGCUUAAUAGCCCAGCGCCUAUUAAGGAGGAACCUCUACGGCCCGACAGCUGUCCUCUGGACGCUAGUCCAGCAUCUGUGGACUCCAAUGCGUCUGUGGGUUCGAAUCUUGGACUAGACACAUCCAGUGGUAAUAUUAAAUGUAACGAAAGUACCGGAAGCGGAAGUCCUCAGAGCGGUACCCAGGGGAGUGGGGGGCUCGGGGGGUCGACCGGCUCCGGAAAUGGCGGUGGCGGAAACACACAGGUUGGGGCAAAAAGACGGGGCCCAAGAACCACCAUUAAGGCCAAGCAGUUGGAGACUCUUAAAGCAGCAUUCGCUGCCACCCCAAAACCUACCCGGCAUAUACGUGAACAGCUUGCUCAAGAGACAGGGCUCAACAUGAGGGUGAUUCAGGUCUGGUUCCAGAACCGGAGGUCAAAGGAACGGCGCAUGAAACAGUUGAGCGCCUUGGGUGCGCGACGACAUUUCUUCCGUAACCCGCGGCGCAUGCGUUUACGUCCCGGCGAGGACAUGGCGGACAGCCCGGAUAUGAUGGGGGCCCCGGGAUUCGGCUACAUGGCAGAUAAUGGACAGGAAUUCUAUCCUGGUUACCAAGGUUACAACGAGUUUUUCCUAGGACAAGGUCAAGACGGCAGUAUUGGUUUUCUGCCCCCCUCGCAAGGUACCCCACCCCUGACAUUAGAUCCGUCAAUGCCCCCGCCAGGGUUGGGACAGGAGGGUCAGUUUCUACCUGGAGAUAUCCUUCCGCCAGCAUCCACACCCGAGCCAAUGCCGCUUCACGGACAUGACGGUUCGUUUAUUCCGCGCUCAAUUCCUGGGACUCCUUUCAGCCAGUCUCUUUCCCAGUCCCUCAGUCACCAUCACCCGGAAAUGUCUGAAGCAUGGUGACAGUGAAUUUGCCGUGCGCAGUGAAGAUGCGCAAACACAUCACGGGUCAAACCUUAAAGUACUGGGACGGUACAGAACUAUUAGAGAGUGUCCGAGAUGACUGUGGCACGUGUAGACAUGGCUUGGAAAUGUGUGCUGAAUUGUGAUUAAUGGCUGUCCACAUACGGGCAAUUGGAUGACGCAACUUCCUGUACACUGAAUUCUGGGAAAAACGACUGGACAGCGACGCGUGUGCGGAAGCGCUACGUUUCACUCAAACAACAUGUCUCGUGUGUAUUAAGGAUCAAUGCAUCUCGAGGGAAGGCUUCCCCUAAUGUGCCAUGGACACAGUGUAGCUCGACCUUCGAGAUAUCCGGACUAAAUGUACAUUUGGUAAAACAGAUGUUGAUUUUACAUAAUAUUGAAGCAUAAUUUAAAUUUGUACAUAAUUCGUCAUUUUUCGUGACAAGCAUAAUGUCUGUCCUCUGUCUGUGUGUAUUUUGUUCAAUGUCUGCCAUCAUCUGCCACCGUGUGGGAGGUAUAUUUAAGAUGAACUUCGUAAGACCCUACGACCCUUAGCUGUAACCUAGAUGUAAAGAAGUCCCUAAUUUAUGCUGGAAAACUUCAGUCGCUCGUUUAAGCUUAACACAGUCCUAAAACUGUUUACCCAAGCGCGUGGCUCGAAUAACGGCCGGGGUGAAAGGGUACACGUACCCGGUACUGCGUACGAACUGUCUACGCAGACCACGUAACUACUCAUCCAGUUAAGCCCCAUGUUGACUGCAGUUGAAAGCACAAAGCCAGUACAUGUACAAUGUUUUAUCUCAUUUGACUUCAAUUAUCUCCCUUCUUCGCGACUAAACGUUUGAAGCUCGCGACAAUGUCCUUGCGCGUCCGCCAUGCCCUCCGUCCUUUUCUAUCCCGUAUUCGUUUGAAACAAAUGGGUAAGAGCUAUGUCAAUCUACCGCCAUAAAUGCCCCAUAGAAAGGUUUGCAGAAUGGUUGGAACAAUUUGGCUUUGAAACCUAAACUAAGUUAGUCUCGGCUCCAUUUUCUGAGUAAACAUGCUUUAGGUUUUGAAAUAAAAUGGAAGGUCUCUGAGGACAGUCACGUGACGCAUACACGCACGAGAUUCCAAAGCCGUCAGGUCUCAAGGGGAGCGCUAUUACAAAGGUAAACUUGCUUCCCGCGACGAGGAAUGAAAUUUUAAUGGAUAAUCCGUUAGCGAUUUAAUACCUCGGCGGCAACUGAGAGCUUUUAAUUCUUCCUCUGUUGUUCGAUGCGGGCUGAGAUUUGAUAUUCGCUCAAAUACCAAACAUAUCGUAAUUGUGUGCGAUGUUUACCUGGCGUACUUGUGUAGGGGCCGUUGCAAGGGGAGGAAAUCACAUCAACUCUAAGCAGUCUUGCAUAUUAAAUUAAAGAGGUCUUUAUUCAUCUGCCUCAACGCGACAAUAACGUUAUGAAUCGCUCGGCUGGAAUUACUGUUUAUUUUCGGAGGGGACCUUCACUAACCGUUAUAAUUUACAUUCAAACGGUAACCCACAAAAUCCAUUACCAGAUUCAUCGUCAGAAAACACACACAACAAUCGCUUUGGAAUCAUUUGUAUCCAUAUAAUCAUGCGAAACAAUGGCUGAAAUAGCUGUACUCAACGUACGAAACAACGGUUUAACAGGGUGAUUGACUUCGUAUGUUUCCAAUUCAAUAUGGUGGCUCCUUGUGUUCAAUGUUCUCUGUUUUAUCCUCGUCACAAUGUAGUGCUCCCGUGUCAUGGAUGUGUUUCACCUCAGGUACUUGGUGCAAAGUCCCGUAUGAGCUUGGUGUGUCAGGUGUUUUCUCGCCCCGUAUGAGCACCAAAAAACAACCGUUCUAAAUUAUGGGCAACAGAUGCGAGUUUUAUAAAUAAAUUUACGACCUUUUUCCAAAAAAUCGGAAUCACAACUGUUAAGCGUUAUGACUGACAGUACCGAAGUAGAAAUUUAGAUCUACAAUGUUGCAUCGCGGUUUAUUCUGAAAUAAUUAUAUUAGAUCAAUACCCAAAAAUUGACAAUCGUCACCAUCAGAAGUGCUAUUCUUCGAAUAUUUAUUUUCAGAAUUUUAAUUUUAUAAUUGAUACCAUCUCCUUUGACAAAUUCAUUCACAAUAGCAAAGGUGCUCACAGUAUUAUGGAGAAAAUACACUGCAGAAAUAUCAGCUCAUACGAAUGGAUUUUCACCCUCAACAAAUUUCGUAAACGAUAAUUUCCAAACGAAUCCUCCAAAUUUUGAAUGUGAAUACCACAACCACUUGCUGUGGUGCUCCGACUGUCGAGCGUUACCGCAGUGAGGACCGCAUCAGGCCCAACAGUAUAAUCCCAAACAAAUAAAAUGAAAUUCCACACCAA